AUGGCGCCCAGUUUCGACACUUUGACCGAACAGGACCUCCACGAAGAGGAGGAGGAGGAGAUUGAUUUCUCCGAUCUCAAGGAACAAUAUGAAGUGAAGAUCGAGGAGGGUCUGGAUACGUUCGUCGUGAUCGACGGACUCCCCGUUGUGCCGGAGGAGAGCCGACAGAAGCUCAUCAAAUUCUUGUUGAGGAAACUCAACACGGUCGGCCACACCUCCGAAGAUGCAGUUUUCAUGCCUUUGAGCGACAAGAAGAUGUCCGAAGGCUUCGCCUUCGUUGAGUACGAGACCCCCGAACAAGCCAUCGCCGCCGUUAAGCACCUACACGGAACGCCCCUCGAUAAGAAGCACACCCUCGCCGUGAACAAGUUGAUGGAUAUCGAGCGCUUUGGCCGGGAAGGACGCGUCGAGGAAGAAUACAAGCCUCCUACCAUCGAGCCGUUCAAGGAGAAGGAGCACCUGCGGUCGUGGCUCGGCGACCCCAACGCCCGUGACCAGUUCGCCCUCUACCGCAACGAUAAGGUCGGUGUUUUCUGGAACAACAAGAGCAACCAGCCUGAGAAUGUCGUCGAUCGUGCCCACUGGACGCAACUUUUCGUCCAGUGGUCUCCCAAGGGUACCUACUUGGCAUCUGUUCACCCUCAGGGUGUGCAGCUGUGGGGUGGUCCCGCUUUUUCGAAACAGAAGCAGUUCCCUCAUCCGUUCGUGCAGCUGGUGGAAUUCUCGCCGGGCGAGAGCUAUUUGACCACCUGGUCCGCCCGCCCGAUUCAGGUGGAGGAAGGUGGCUCCGGCGUCCUGAGCUACGAGGAGGACGGCAAGAACAUCAUCGUCUGGGACAUCGUAUCAGGAAAGCCCCUGCGAUCGUUCGUUUCCCACGACCUGACCGCGGGUCCUGCCGGCGACGGCGAGCCCAAGAAGAAGGUGCAGUGGCCCGCUUUCAAGUGGUCCGCUGAUGAGAAGUACGUCGCGCGUAUGCUCCAGGGCCAGUCUAUCUCGAUCUACGAGCUGCCGCGGAUGAACUUGCUGGGUAAGACCUCGGUCCGGAUUGACGGAGUUUCGGAUUUCGAAUGGUCGCCCGCUACGGUCAACCGGGAAGGUGUCAAGCAAUACGAGCAGUUGCUCUGCUUCUGGACGCCCGAAAUUGGUAGCAGCCCUGCUCGCGUUGCCAUGAUGAGUGUGCCGUCUAAGGAAAUCAUCCGGACCCGUAACCUGUUCAACGUGUCGGACGUGAAGCUGCACUGGCAGUCCCAGGGUACUUAUGUCUGUGUCAAGGUCGACCGUCACUCCAAAUCUAAGAAGUCUAUGGCUACCAACCUGGAAAUUUUCCGAGUGCGCGAGAAGGGUGUUCCGGUCGAGGUUGUGGACAGUCUGAAGGACACCGUGAUCAACUUUGCUUGGGAGCCCAACGGUGGCCGCUUCGUCCUCAUCACCACCGGUGAAGCGCCCAGUGGCUCCGGCGCUCUUCCCAAGACUGCCGUUUCUUUCUUUGCUCCCGAACGCAAGGGUGUCUCUGCCGGCAACUUCAAGCUGGUGCGGACUAUAGAGAAAAAGACCAGCAACGCCAUCUACUGGUCUCCCAAGGGCCGUUUCGUCGUCGUCGCCACCGUCCACUCGCAAACCAACUUCGACCUCGAUUUCUGGGACAUGGACUUUGAGGGCGAGAAGUCCGAGGCCGAGAAGGAUCUGGCCGCCAACCUCCAGUUGAUGAAGACCGUUGAGCACUACGGUGUCACAGAUAUCGAUUGGGAUCCUACGGGUCGUUACGUCGUUAGCAGUGCUAGUGUCUGGACUCAUUCCAUGGAAAACGGCUGGAACAUUCACAGCUUCUCCGGUCAGACCCUUUCCGAGAACCCCACCGACAAGUUCAAGCAGUUCCUCUGGCGCCCUCGCCCCAAGACCCUCCUCAGCAAGGAGGAGCAGAAGCAAGUGCGCAAGAACCUCCGCGAAUACUCGAAGGAGUUCGACGAGGAGGACAAGUACGCCGUCGACAUUGCCAACACUGCCGUUGUCGAGAAGCGCAAGCGUGUCCUCAACGAGUGGGUUGCCUGGAUUCGCCGGGAGAAGGAGCUCCUGUCUGAGGACAAGGACGUCUUCGGCGUUCCCGAGGAGGCCGACGACCCCAAGUUGGCCAAGGACGCUCCCCCUGCUACGGAAGAACAGGGCGAGACCGUUGUCGAGGAGAUGGUGGAGGAGAUCAUCGAGGAAAACGAGGAAGUCAUUGGUUGA